UGGAGAAUGGUGGGUUGGUUGAUCCUAGUGCUAGCCUUGGCCCGUCCUGGGAUGUUGGAUGGGAAGGAUACAGAAGAAUCUGGUUUAAGCUGUGGAGAAGAUGGGUUCACGUAUACAAUCCCUAAGAGCCAAAUUGGAGAUUCAUUCCCUAAACUGAUGGUUAUGGUUAAAGGAAGUCUACAAGAAUUAACGGAAGACAUUUCAUGUGGCUCCAGCCUGACAGAAACUUCUGAUGGUUCUUUAACAAUUACUGUGUCCUACUAUGGAUGUUACGUCAGCCAAAUGGAUGACUCAUUUGUGAUGGCCCUCACUAUUUCCUAUAAAGAUGACUAUGGGGCAUGGAAGAUCCCUGAGCAAAAAGAGCUGAAGUGUCCGAUCAGGCCAGCCAUGGAUGCUCCAAGCCCCAGUCAAUGUGCCACCAUAGACAAGCUAGAGCGACUCCUCUGCGGCAACGCGUCAGUCAGCAGUGAUCAGUGUCAGAGUCUGGGUUGCUGCUAUGAUCCUAGCGACCGUGUGAAUACCUGCUACUAUGGCAAUAAAGUGACAGCCCAGUGCACAAAUGAUGGGAUCUUCUCUGUGGCAAUCUCAAAAUAUGUAACCCUGCCUAAACUUGACCUGGGAGCAGUGAAACUGACCAGAGCUAUCAACCCAAACUGUGGACCAACUACUACAACAGACUCCUUUCUUCUCUUCCAGUUCCCCCUCUCUGCAUGUGGAACAACUUCUAAGCUUGUAGGCAGUCUCCUCUUCUAUGAAAAUGAGCUCAUGGCAAAAAGGACAGUGCAGACCUGGCAAGGAUCCUCCAUCACUAGAGACAGCACCUUCAGGCUGACCAUCCGCUGCAGUUUAUCUUCAGAUAUGCAAAUUCCAUUAAACAUACCUGUAAAUGUCUUUACACUGGCUCCACCACCAGGAGUGACCAGUCAAGGUCCGCUAAGUCUGGAGCUGAGGAUUGCAAAAGAUGUUCGGUAUACUCAAUAUUACACGGAUGGAGAGUAUCCAAUUUUAAAGGUGCUGAGAGAUCCAGUGUUUGUGGAGGUCCUUCUCUUGCAGCGAGUGGAUCCACAGUUGGUACUGUUGCUUCAGCAGUGUUGGGCAACCCCAACAGUCGAUCCCUUUAAUCCCAUACAGUGGCCUCUUCUGCUGAAUGGGUGCCCAUUUCCAGGUGACAACUAUGCAACAUUGAUUUCCUCUAUAGACCAGUCUGCCUCCAGUAUACAAUUCCCAUCUUACUACAAGCGGUUCAUCGUGGACACUUUCACCUUUACAGAUGCAACAUCACAACCUCUGCAAGGCAAUGUGUAUUUUCACUGCAGUGCCUCAGUGUGUGCGCAGUCUGCCACCCAGUCCUGCUCUACAGUCUGUUCUCCAGGAUUUAUAGCAGGAAGAUCAAAGAGGCAUGUGUAUCAACCAAAUAUGAAUAUGGUGUCUUCUCAUGGACCUGUAGACUUCAGAGUUUCUUCAGAAAAUUUGAAACUGAGAGAGUCCAAGGAAUCUGCUGUAAUGACCGACGUAUUGUGGGUUGGAAUUGUAUCUGCACUGGCUGUGGUCUGUGUAGCUGUGGCAGCCAUGAGUAUCUGGAGAUUCACUGUAAAAAGAAAACAGAAUGUGGCACUAGUGAACAUGUAACACUAAAAGAUGAUACAACUGCAGUGCCAGACUGACUCUCCUUCAAACUAUACAGUCUCUAAAGCUAGACUAAUCUAGUACCACAGAGCACCCCGGCAUACCAGCCUCAUGAUUUGUUACUACAUUCCUUGAUUUGUUGGAUAAUCUCAGCAACUACAGAGCUUGCGUUACAAUUUCUGUGAAAUAACAAUCUAUGGUAGAGGUUCUGUCAGUCAUCCCUGUAACUAAAAUGACAGGGGGGCAAUGGUCAGAACAAAUCAUUAAGCUAAGAUGUUUGACCCUUCAUCCAUCUGACAUUGUAACUGUUCAUUAUUGUACCUCUGCUUUCAUUGGCAUUCUGAUAUCUAACAAAUACACUUCUAUUGUGUGUAAAUCUGCAGAAAAUUAACUUUGUA